ACCAAAUGUUAGAAUAUCAACAGAAAAUUCUGUAUGUUUUGGCAAUGAUAUUCGGAUAGACACUAAUAUUACAUCCUGUCCACCGUGUGAAGGAGCAGUCUGGCAGAAAAGCUCAGAUUCGAUUGAGUUUAAAGACAUAGAUGUAGGGGACCCAAAAUAUUAUGGAUCUGAACAAGAUCCAAAAAAUCCCGUCCUUGUCUUAAGAAAGGCGACGUUUUAUGACAAGCUUUCUUACAGACUUUUAACGUGGAAUAAAAUCGACAAAUCCCUGAGUAACACCGUUUUUAUCAACGUUACAGGAGGUCCACCAAACAUCUCAAUUUGUACUGAAACGAAUAUUAAGAACCGUUCAGUUUCAUUGAUAUGUGAGAUUUUUCUCUAUGAAAACUCACCUCCACUUAAGGAAAUUGUUUGGAUGAAAAAUAAUGAACUGAUAGAUACAGCCAGUAGUGGAGGAAAAUAUACUGGAGGAACAAUCAGAGAUGCGACAUUGGUCAUUAACAAUGUGAACGAACACGACGCUGGAUCGUAUCAGUGUAAAGCUUCCAACGCCUUGGGAACAACUCUUGGGGAUAUCAUCGUUCUAGGUAUCCCUGAACCUCAAGUACAAAGGCCGGAAAAGGGAGGAAAUGGGACUUUAGCUUUUACAGCGAUGACAAAUUCCUGUCCAGCGGUGUUUUUGGUUCAGUGGAGUACUAAAAACAAAGACAAUGAUGAGUACACACCCAUAGAUGUCAAUCUAGAGGAGUACAAAGGGACUUCAAAUUCUCUUCCAAGCCCUGUGCUUGUUAUCAGAACUGCUCAAUCGCACGACCAUGCCUUCAAAAUAGAGGCACAGAAUUUUAUAGGAACCGGUACAAAAAAGAUACCAGGUAAGGUGUGCGUGGCAAAAUAUGUAAAAUGA